AUGGAGACUAACACAAGCCGGAUGGUUACCUUGAAUAGGUCCAAUUACCAUGUGUGGAAAGGGAAGAUGGAAGAUCUCUUGUAUGUGAAGGAUUAUUAUUUGCCCGUGUUUACCGAUGAGAAGCCGUCGGACAAAACAGAUAAAGAAUGGGAGCUUUGUCACCGUAAGGUGUGUGGCUACAUUAGGCAAUGGGUAGAUGAUAAUGUCCUCAACGACGUUAGUGAAGAAAAGCAUGCACGGACCUUGUGGAAUAAACUCGAAGAGUUGUAUGCGCGAAAAACCGGGAACAACAAGUUGUUUUUGAUCAAGCAGAUGAUGGCUUUGAAGUACCAGGAUGGAAAGACUAUGUCACACCACUUGAACACAUUCAAAGGAAUCAUUAAUCAGCUGGCUAGAAUGAAUAUCAAGUUUGACGAUGAAAUACAAGGGUUGUGGCUUCUUGGUACUUUAACGGACUCGUGGGAGACGUUCAGAACGUCUUUGUCUAACUCAGCCCCGAAUGGAAUUUGCUCCAUGGAUAUGGUGAAGAGCAGUGUCCUGAACGAAGAGAUGAGAAUAAAAUCACAGUGUUCUUCUUCACAGACGGAUGUCUUAUUCGUUGAAAGGCGGGGGAGAAGUAAAAGCAAGGGUCCGAUUGAUAGAAAUCGAAGCAAAAGCAAGUCUGGAAGUUAUGCCAACCUUGAGUGUCACCAUUGUGGCAAAAAGGGACACAUCAAGAGGUAUUGCAGAAAGUUUCUCAAGGAGAAUCCGAAUGGCAAAGGCAAAGAAAAGAAGGCUGGAGAUGGUGAAGACGGUGAGAAGGUAGCGACGGCUACCGAUGACUUUCUUAUCAUUUAUGAAGGCGAUGCCGUCAAUGUCGCUUGCCAGGAGACUAGUUGGGUGAUCAAUAGCGGUGCUUCAAUUCAUGUCACAUCGCGAAUGGAUUUCUUCAGGUCCUACACUCCCGGUGAUGACGGAAGUGUUAGGAUGGAAAAUGAUGGUAUUGCUAAGGCAGUUAGCAUGGGAGACGUGCACUUGGAGACUGAAAAUGGCAACACCUUAGUUUUGAGAGGUGUGAAGCAUGUUCCCAACAUUCGCAUGAAUUUGAUAUCUACCGGCAAGCUCGAUGAUGAAGGGUUUUGUAACACCUUUCGAGACGGGAAGUGGAAACUCACGAAGGGAUCCUUGAUUGUGGCGAGAGGGCAAAAGUAUUCUUCAUUGUACGUGAUGAACGUGAAGAUUGUGGAUCAUAUGAUCAAUGCGGUGGAUGAUGAACGCACUGUGGAACUUUGGCACAACCGACUUAGCCACAUGAGUGAGAAGGGUUUGACAGUGUUGGCCAAGAAGAAUCUCCUCCCAGGUGUGAAAAUGGGUUUUCUGAAGAAGUGUGCUCAUUGCUUGGCGGCAAAGCAAACCAGAGUUGCCUUCAAUAGAGUUCCCCACCCACGGAAAACAGGUAUUUUGGAUAUGGUCCACUCUGAUGUAUGUGGUCCAAUGAAGACGAGAACACUUGAUGGUGCCUUGUACUUUGUGACUUUCAUUGACGAUAAUUCAAGGAAGAUUUGGGUGUAUAUAUUGAAGUCAAAAGAUCAAGUUGUAGACGUCUUCAAGCAGUUUCAUGCUCGUGUGGAACGAGAAACAGGUGUGAAGCUUAAGUGCAUCCGAACAGAUAAUGAAGGUGAAUACUGCGGACCAUUUAAUGAGUAUUGUAGGCAGCAGGGUAUUCGACACCAAAAGACACCUCCGAAGACUCCUCAGUUGAACGGGUUAGCUGAGAGGACGAACCAGACACUAGUUGAGAGGGUACAGCCGGACAUCGUCAGACCAUUGUGUGUUCGUCAAGAGGUAUUCCGAUGA